AUAAAAGCGGUUUUAGUUGUAAAGUCUUCAGGGCAACGCUUAGGACUUUUUCAGACUAUUUUAUUAGAAGAGUAUUCUGGGUGAGGAAUAAGAAAUCAUGGAGUUCAGGAAAAUUAUGCAUCAAAAGAUGGAAGAUCUUAGAAGAACUUAUGGAUUAAAUAGAACCUUUUACCGGAGUCCCAACCAUUGCAUAUGCACUUGUACUAAGUUGAAUCGAGAUCGCACUUUUUUUGAAGAAACCUUUGGAAAAAUUCACAAUCAUCUACACCCAAAAGAAAUUCAUGCAAAAGCAGUUUUUCGAAAAAGAAUUGUACCUCGUCAAUUACACUAUAAUAACGAUGUCUCAUUUGUAGACCAUUUAGAAAAAAGUAAGCGAUUAAAUAGAUCAGUAAAUAAUGGCUUUUGUAAGAGUAUUGUUUUGAUUCGAAAUAACGUAGCAAGGGAUUUCCGUUUUGCACGAGAAAAUGAACGAAUUAAAAUAAAUCAUUUAAAUAACGAACAAUACAGUCUUCAAAUAAAAUCCACAGUUUCAUCUACAAAAAAGUCUGGAGAGGACCAAGCUUCUGUUAUCAAUCAAAAAGGAAAAAGAUUUCAAUGUUUGUAUUGUGUAAAAAGUUUUAGCAAAUCAUCACAUCUUCGUGAUCACCAUCGUACCCACAGCGGAGAAAAACCGUUUGUAUGCCAAUUCUGUGAAAAAGCGUUUUCUCAGUUUUCUAACUUGCGGACACACAUACGCAUUCACACAGGAGAGAAGCCGUACGAAUGCUUUGUUUGUAAAAAAUCGUUUACACAAAGAGUGACAUUAAAAAGUCAUUUAAAAGUACAUUAACAUAAUUAAAUUUGAGACUUUUCGUAGCGAGGCUGACAAUUACCACCCCCUCUAUUUAAAAACCCGUGACGCGGGCCCUGUUCAGUACAGAAAAAAUUAUGUUAAUUAUGUAAUAUAUACUUUACGAGUAAGAAAAUAUUCAGCUAUUAGGACUAUAAUACGUUAAAUUGUAUCACCAUCUACAGUGAAAGUAAUUUAAUCAUAGUAUUUUCUAAAAACAACUUAAAAUUAAAAGCUAUUUUUGUAAUAUAAAA